UUAUUAACAAAUUUUUCGGAAAAUUGACUUUUUAAUUUAAUUUGAGUAAAUGCCUCUUGUUUAAUAAUUGUGAAAAUGAUUAAAUUUUCAUUUUAUGUUACUAUUUUCAUUGCAACUUAUUUCACUAUAAUACAUGGACAGCAUCAUUAUGAUGAACAUAAAACUGGGCAUAUUAUUUGGUGCACGAAGAAUGUUAAUGAGCAAAAUAAAUGUCUAAACUUGACCGUGGCCAUCGAGCGGGACCGAGCUCUUUUCGAUGAAGUAUUUUUAAACCUAACAUGCUUAAUGGCAUAUAGUGCUGAUGAAUGCAUCCAUCAUAUUGAUCGGGAGAAGGCGCAUAUCACUUCUUUAGAUGCUGGAGACGUUUUUACCGCUGGGCGGUACAACUCUCUAAUACCGUUAAUCCAGGAAAAGUUGGAGGGCGGUUUCUCAGAUUAUUUCUCUGUGGCAGUAUUAAAGAAAAAUUCACUCCCUGACGUCACUGAAAUCCGACAUCUUCGAAAUAAAAGAGCGUGCUUUCCUUGGGUUGGCAGCCUUGCGGGAUGGAUUGUGCCAAUAUACACUCUGCAACACGACGGUGGCAUGGAAGUAGUAGACUGCAAUAAUCAGGUUAAAACCGCUGCCAACUACUUUAACAACUCUUGCGCUGUGAAUUCUUUGAUUGACAAGUAUAAUCCAAUUGGAGAUAACUCAGACAAGCUAUGCGCUUUAUGUACCGGUAAAAUACCAGUUGGGCGUUGCUCAGCUGCAGAUCCGUAUUAUGGGUAUGACGGUGCCUUUCGAUGCCUUCUCGAAGCAGGCGAGGUGGCAUUUUUAAGGCAUUCUACAGUGUCUGAAAUGAUUCAAACUGUCGAAUUUAAAAACCUGUCGCCCGACAAGUUCGAACUGCUCUGCCGCGAUGGACGUCGUGUUGCUAUUAACGACUAUCGUCAAUGUAACUGGGGUCAAGUUCCUUCCGAUGCAAUUGUAACAUCUUCUGCACGUAGUUUCCGAGAGAGGAAACAGUAUCAACAAUUUUUGCAACGUAUUGCAGAGUUGUACUCGAAUGUUGUUCGCGAUGAUCUACACAAUCAACAGCAAGGAAGUUUCCAAAAUGGUGAUCGUGGUCAAUUUACUGAUCGCAACAGCUAUAACAACAAUUUUAAUCCAUAUGACAACGCCAAUUCUUAUGACACUAGCUUCUCUAGAAGUCAGAAUCAAAAUUAUUUAUCAAACCCUAAUUACCGUAAUGAACGCUUGGACAGUAGUUUUACUUCUGAGCCUAACCUUCAGGAUGGCAAUAACACAAUGAUACCCUACGAAAAAUUCCGUAUAUUUGAGUCAAGGAGAUACAGCUCAUCCAAUCUUUUGUUCCAGGAUUCUGCACGAGCACUAAUUUCAAUACCCGAAGACGAUCAAUCCUUUACUAAAUAUUUACAAAACUCUAUUCAGUAUAUUUACGGUAUACGCGAAUGUCCUGUCACUGCCAUGACUCUAUGUGUGACGUCAGACCCGGAAUUGGAAAAGUGCAUCAAAAUGAGAACCGCGUUAAAAGCUCAAAUCUUAAAGCCUGAGCUAAUAUGCAAGAAGAUGCACUCGCAUAUUAAUUGUAUGCAGCUAAUUCAAUCAGGAAAGGCUGAUGUGGCGGUAUUUGACGCCGGAGAUGUCUACACUGGUGGACUCAAUUAUGAUCUUAUUCCGUUUAUGUCUGAAGUCUACAAUUUGGGUGAACCGGAAUAUUAUGUGGUAGCUGUCGCUAAGGAAGAAGACCCGGAUACUGAACUUACUUAUCUGAAAGGCAAGUAUACAUGUCAUACAGGCAUAAAUACUGCCGCUGGAUGGACAUAUCCUAUGGCGUUUUUAAUUUCGAAUGGUUGGAUUCGACCGUAUGGCUGUGAUUCCAUUCGUGCGGCAGCAGAAUAUUUUACAAAGUCGUGCGUACCGGGUGCCAUUAGCAGUGAAUAUAACACUGGUGUACCUUACGACAGCAUGUGUGAUCUUUGCCAUGGAACUAGUUAUAGAUAUUGCCGUCGCGAUGCCUCUGAGGACUAUUAUGGUCAUACAGGUGCUUUUCGUUGCCUUGUCGAAGGUGGCGGUCAUGUAGCAUUUAUGAAGCACACUACAGUUAUGGAAAGUACUGGUGGAAAGCGAAAAGAAUGGUGGGCACGCAAUGCUCUUAACGAUGAUUUUGAGUUGUUGUGCACAGAUGGUACACGUGCCGAGCUCCAAGACUAUAUGCGCUGCAAUUUGGGAAAAGUGAAAGCUAAUGCCGUUGUUACACGUGGUGGUGUUAACUACAAUGAAACGCAGUUAAAUGCUUACAUUAACUUGCUUACUUAUUCUCAACAACUUUACGGAAGAAAAGACGUGGAUGCAUUUAGUUUCAGUAUGUUUUCGUCUCCUAUUGGCCAUUAUGAUUUAAUUUUCCAAGAUGCCACUAGACAAUUGCAAGUCGUCCCGCAAAACCAAAGAAGAUAUGAUAGCUAUUUGGGAGGAAACUAUAUGCGAGCGCGACGCAUAACAGAUUGCUAUGCCGGUGCCGCCCACAUGACAAUGUCGAUAGUGUUGUUAAUCACAAGUACACUAACUCUGAGAAUUUUACUCUAAUUGUCAGUUAGUGUCACUUUUCUCUAUACAUUCCAAUACAUAUACAUAUUUAGCAUAGAAAAUUGUACUCAAUAUACUAAUACAGUAUAUAUGGCAAAUACCUGAAUUUGUAAUAAGUGCCUUAUCUUCUUUCUGAAAACAUUUUAUUUGUUUAAGCAAAAGAAUUUUUAAGAAUCGUCUCGAAUAUGCACAAAGUAUAGAAUUAUCCGUCCAGUAUACAAAUAUAUACAAAAAUGUCCAUUCAUACCAAUGGUAUUUAACUUUUUAUAUACAAUUACCAUAUAAAUGUUACUAAAACUAUAC